AAAUUUAAUUUACAUUUUAUGUCAGCUAAUAUCUUUGAUCCAAAUAAUUGCAAGCUAGUAGGAAAUAGAGUUCUUAACCUUGCUGAAGUUAUCCUUGGAUUUAACAACGGCAUCCCUACAGUAGUUUGAAUUUGAAUUCAAAAAUAGAGACUUAAUAAAACAAUGAAGAAACUGUCGACGAAAUCACUGGCUUACACCUCGAGUCAGGAGGAAAGUGAAAACGACAGUGAUGAAACUGAGUGCAGCAUUGGAAGCAAUUCAACAGCAGGCACUCAUCGCAGUGACACUCCGACGCGCAGCGCUCGUUAUAAACGAAAAGGUCGUCGUCGAAGUAAAACAGGUAAAACUAAAGUCAGCAAUGACAAAACCCUCUAUAAAUAUUGCUCGAGUUAUAAAGAAGAUCAUGGACAACCGUUGUUCGGAGUGCAAUUCAAUCACAACUUGAAGGAAGGAGAACCAAUGAUAUUUGCAACUGUGGGUAGUAACCGAGUCAGUAUUUACGAAUGCCCAGAAGAAAGUGGAAUUCGAUUGCGACAAUGCUAUGCCGACCCCGAUCCCGAAGAAAAUUUCUACACUUGUGCCUGGACCUAUGAUGAUUCUGGGAAACCUUUACUUGCCGUUGCAGGAUCUCGAGGUGUCAUCAGGAUUAUCAGUCCUGCGACAAUGACGUGUGUCAAACACUACAUUGGUCAUGGUCACGCGAUCAAUGAACUGAAAGUUCAUCCUCGUGAUCCCAAUAUUUUACUCUCUGCCUCGAAAGAUCACGCUUUAAGACUUUGGAAUAUAAAAUCGGACGUGUGUAUUGCCAUUUUUGGCGGCGUUGAAGGCCACAGAGACGAAGUACUGAGCGCAGAUUUCGAUAUGAAGGGUCAGAGAAUUAUUUCUUGCGGAAUGGAUCAUGCUUUGAAACUCUGGUCUCUCGAGAAGGCUGACAUGCAAGAAGCAAUCAAGCAAUCGUAUUUUUGUAAUCCGAGUCGAAAUGGCAGGCCAUUUGAUUCAGUUCUUCAGCAUUUUCCCGACUUCACAACGAGGGAUGUUCACAGGAAUUAUGUCGAUUGCGUCAAGUGGUUCGGUGAUUUCAUUCUAAGCAAAUCUUGUGAGAAUUGUAUCGUCUGUUGGAAGCCAGGGAGAUUGGAAGAUUCCCAUCUACGAAAUAAUGAAACAAGUGCAACUGUUUUGCAUCGGUUUGAAUUUAAGGAAUGCGAUAUCUGGUUUAUUCGAUUUUCCAUGGACUUUUGGCUGAGAACGAUUGCUCUGGGUAAUCAAGUGGGUCGCACUUACGUUUGGGAUCUGGAAGUCGAGGAGCCAGGUCAAGCUCGAUGUUGUUCUCUUCAGCAUCCUCGAUGCACAGCUCCUAUUCGACAGACGAGUCUCAGCAGAGAUGGAACGGUCUUGCUUUGUGUAUGUGACGACGCUACAAUUUGGAGGUGGAAUCGGGACACAUGAUAAUAUUCUUAUUUUCUAUUAUGCUAUACUGUCAUAUGAACAGAAUUUAUUUUUUUUCACAAAAACUCCACAUUUUAAAUUAGGUGUGUUUUAACUUUUCUUUUUAAUUUCAAAAAUUAAUUAUUUUAUAUUUUUAUUAAAAAUCUUUAUUUCGUAGAGUCGAUUGAAGAAUUUUAUUAAAAAUUAAGAAAUUGUCUUGAAAAAGUUGAAUGUUUUAUUGCGUCAUUUUAUA